AUGUGUGCUGUAGCUCUACAUGACGAGAGAACAUGCAGUUUAGACAAGGGCAAAGAGGCAGGCAGGCCCCACGGGAGAAAUCCGAUCCAUGACCCCACAGUCGCGCCGGGCCCAGGGCCCACUGGCACUGAAGAAAACCCGACCGAGCGACCGAGCGGCCAAUCCGCGUCGGCCGGCUCCCAACUUCGACCGGGGCGAGCGGGGGCGGCCAAAUGGGAAGCGACCCCCCUCUCCCACCGUGCCACCUUGAGCCCAUCACCUCACUCUGCGUUCAUCAUCCGACUCGGCACCCGUUUCGCGCGAGAAAGUAACGUACUCUCUCGCUUUGCUCCCACAAUACAUACGCCAACACCGCAGGCACCUCACCUUAGAACGACCACACCCACUUCGGGGACUUGCAGCCUCGAUCAUCCCCGGAUCUUCCACUCGUUCCUGUUCCCCUUUGGCCCUGCCUCGCCACCACUGCGCAGCGACGUCACGACAACCAGCUUCGCCGUGAUUGUGUACACUGUCACGAGCAGCAAGCGAAAAGUCGCGUGGUUCGAUUUUGGUAUCGAGACGACGGGACUUUAA